CAUGGCAACAGUACGUGGAGUUCUCCCUGUAUUUUAGUACCUAAGCCGGAUGGGUCUCUACGUUUUUGUUUCGAUUUUUAGGAAACUCAAUGCCGUUACUUAUUGAAUCAAGACGUUACAGCUUUUAAUUUGUUAUUCAUUUCUAAGAUGUUCUACAAACCAAAUUUCACUUUGACAUUAUGGGGUACUGUGUGAAGAUCAGUGACUCAAAAUGUCUAGUUAAUACAUUUUAAAUUCAGACUGGAACACAAAAUGGGGAAAAAGUAAAGGGUUGUGAAUGCUUUCUGAAGGUACUGUAUUAAAGUCAGUGCCGGUUCCAAGCAUAAGCAACAUUAGAGGUCGCUUAUAUAUUUUAUUAUUAAGUGUAAGAAUAUUACAACCGGCGCAACUUCAAAAUUUCUUCUCCACACACGGUUACAGCCCUUGGACGAGAUAUUCAUGGGGGAGGGAAGAGCUCCGCUGCUACUGAUUAAGUGGAUAAAGAGAUGAAAGCCAACGGAGGCAAAGCAGUGGCUAACUAUGCCCUCAUUGAAACUACCAGGGAAUUGUACUGUAGACCAGGGGUUCCCAAACUCUGGGCCCCCCUUCCAGCAUUGGGGAACAUCCCACGCCUCCUCCAUCUAUUUCUAUGAGCACAAGUACAGUUCAUGAGACAAACUGUUCACUCCCUUCUUGUUGGGGGAGAGAAUUUUGCAGACCUCAUCCAUAGAGCCUUGGUCACUAGAGCUGCCUGGAACCACAUGAAGAACCAGACGUUUGGGAGGAUCAUUAUGACAUCAUUGGCUGCUGGCAUCUAUGGCAAUUUUUGGGCAGGCGAACUACAGCGCGGCGAAGCUGGGACUGGCCAACACCCUGGCCAUCGAGGGUCAAAAGCACAAUAUCCACUACAACACCAUCACCCCGACCGCGGGCUCGCGCCUCACAGAGACUGUUAUGCCCCCAGACCUCUUGGAGUCCUUGAAAGCCGAAUACAUUUCCCCCUUCUUCUGUGGCUGUCUCAUGAGCAGUGUCAAGAAAAUGGAGGCCUGUUGGAGGUUGGGGCUGGCUGGAUUGGAAAAUUGCGAUGCGAGCGUUCCCAGGGCCGCAUCGUGAGGCACAAGAACCAGGGCAUGUCUCCUGAGGCAGUGCGAGACCAGUGGGACAACAUCUGUGACUUCACCAAUGCCACCAAACCUGCCAACAUCAGUGAGUCACUGGCCACGUUGGUGGAGGUGCUGUCGGGAAUCGUCCCCAACCCCACCAGCGCUAUUGCCGCCACUGCUGCAUCUGGGAUCAGUCCUAUGGAGGCGGUGGGACAGAAGCUUCCACUCCCAAGCUCAGUGCAUCCUGUACGACCUGGGAGUGGGCCUGUCCACCAAGGACGACGACUACCUCAAGUUCCUGUAUGAGGGCCACGAGGACUUCAGCUGUCUGCCUACCUUCGGGGUCAUCCCCUCCCAGGCGGCCAUUAAGUAGGGCUGGGUUUCCGUGCCUGGACUCAACUUUGACCUCACCAGGGUAAAAGCUCCAGGAAACAGUCAUCCGACACAGUAUUGGCAACCAUCUAUUGGUUUAACACACCGAAUAGCACGUAUAGUGUUGCUGUUUGCGCACAGUUCAUUCAGUGGGCAAAUCAUGCAUUUUGAUAGCUUAAAAUGUUCUAUUGCUUGAAAUGGAAUGGGAAAUGCUAACUGAAACCGCUAUGUAAUUAUCUAUGAACUCACCUUUGUUCGUUCUGAUAUUGUCACUCUCUCGCAGUUGUUGCAUAGAGAGCAGUAGCUGGAGCUUUUCCAUUACCCACCUUGGGUAUGUCCCAUUACAGAUUCUAAGUAUCUCUGAGCACAACAUCAUUUUCUGCUGACAAAAGCCUGUGAUUUGAAAUAGUUCUGUCUGCAUUUGCAGGAAUCUGACCUCUCAGGCUGCAGUCGCAGAUGUGUUAGACAAAGGAUCUGGAGCAGUCAUUCUGGAUGCAGGGUUGCAUGAGAUGAGCAGAGAAAUGACUCGGUGGGAUUAAUGAAUUAAACAAAUAGCGGAGGAAUUUAAGAAUUGAAGUUCACACAUACAGUGGGAAAGAGUUGGUGUUCUACAACCAGUAUUCACUGUUUAUCGUGGGGGCUGAUGUCUUUGGAGGAAAGAGAACAUCUGAUAAUGGUUCGCUUUGUAAAGCCAGUGCUACCGGGCCAGUCCCUACAGACAGAUGUGUAAAUAAAGGAAACAUAAUUCACAUUGUGCAAAGUCAAAUACAGCGGUGCUGUGAUCUUGUCAGGUGCCUACGUGGACUUACAUGCUGCUGAUGACUCCGCAGAAAUCCUUCCUGAGUUGUCA